AUGUCUGCAAGGAAUUUUACCUCUAAAAAUCCCAUGGAUGAUGCAGCAUACCGGCAAGUCAUUGAUGAAUAUCAUGAUGGUGCUUCAUGCUCUGGUUCACAUGUUAGCCAUAAGAUUGAGCAUAGUAUUGUUUCCCGUCGUUCGUCCGCUGUAAUGACUGUAGCGGAGUUAAUAAAAAGACAGUCAGACUUGGAUAAGCAGAAGCGUUUAGUAGAUCUUGAAUUAGAAAUGGCCAAGCUUCGAGUAGAAUUGGAAGAAAGCAAUGUCCACUCUAAUCUUAAAGUGAUAUCGGCCCCUAGUUCUGAUGAGAGGAAUCAGGGUAUAGGCGCUUUUGUUGAUCAGUGUCAGUUGUCGGCAGCCGAGGCGUACGAUCACAGAGCCAAUCGGGGUAGGUUAGUGUCACAGCAGUGCCUACAGCUAGAUCUGCCAAAGGUUGAACUAGAAUAUUUCGAUGGUAACCCUGCUAAGUAUUGGAAAUUUGUAAAGCAGUUCGAAUACUACGUCGAAAGCCGCGUGUUUGACAGUGGCCAGCGACUGCUUUAUUUGAUUCAUUAUUGUCGUGGCUAUGCCAAGGAGGCCAUCAGUGAAUGUGUGAUGUUGCCUCCCUCUGUGGCCUACGAUAGAGCGAGAAAGGUUCUCCGUGAACUCUUUGGAGAAAGCCAUGUCGUAGCCAGAUCGUUAAUUGAUGGUCUCAUGACUGGCUUGAGGCCACUCUCUGCCAACCCAGAUGAAUUGAGUAAAUUGUCCAUGAAAAUGGAAAAUUGUUACAUCGCUCUGUCGCAGAUGAACUUUACUGCGGACUUGAAUUCCAUUGCAACGAUUGAACGAGUAGUGCGUGUUUUACCCAGCAGUUUUCAGGCCCGGUGGGCAAGGGUAGCAGAUUCGAUCACGCAUGAUGGGCGGGAGGUCGAUUUCAAGGACUUGGCUGAUUUCGUUGCCGCGGAAUCUCGUGUUGCGCGAAGUAGAUUCGGUCAAAUCGCUUCGUCAAAUGCGUCGCGGCAGCAUUUAGAUGCCAGACCACCGCUAGUAGAGCACAGACGAAACGAUCGUAGCCACGUCCUCUACACCUGGUCAGGUGCCUCUCCUAAAACAGCGUGUUUGAAUUGUGGUAGUGAUCAUGCCACGGCCUCGUGCCGUAGUUUUCUCUCUUUGGAUGUUCCUAGCAGGUGGAGGCUCAUGAAGUCCAGAGGUGGGUGCUUUAGGUGUCUAGGAACAGGUCACAGAUCUGCCACCUGUCAAAAUGGUAAAGAUUGUAAUGUGCCAGAUUGCAGAGGGCGUCAUCAUCCACUGCUUCACUCAGAGUCCAGACAAGUAACUUCACCGACCGUAGCAAACACUUGCACUGCUACCUUCACUGCACAGCAGCAGGUGUGUUUGGGAGUGGUACCAGUGCGUAUAGAAAGCCAAAGAGGAUUAUUGGAAACAUAUGCCUUGUUAGAUACAGGUUCGAAUGUAACUUUGGUAGAAGAAGGACUUAUGGAAGAAGCCGGCAUCGGGGUCACACCAAGUCGUUUGGAAUUCACGACGAUGUCGGGCACAUCCUCGAUCGAAGCGGGUUACGUAGGUUUCACUUUGUCAUCCCUAGAUGGCACGGGUUCGAUUUCCGUUAGGCAGGCCUACUGCUUGCCAAGACUGCCCUUGGAACCCAUUAUAACCCCGAAGAGGGAUUUGGCGCGCCAGUGGCCACACCUGGCGGAUAUACCAUUUGAGGAAAUCCGGGAUAGUCGGAUCCGAAUACUGUUAGGUACUAACGUGCCAGAGGCACACUGGCAUUUAGAGCAACGUCUUGGGGAGAGAAAUCAUCCUUUUGCUGUGAAAACCUUACUCGGUUGGACGUUGCUAGGCCCAGUUGGAGAAGGCAGAACUGCCAUUGAUUCCGUACAAUAUUGCCAUAUUAGUCGGCCGACAGUUGAAGAACAGUUAGAGAGAUUGUACAACAACGACUUUUCUCGUGUAGAUGUAGGCGAUCAUGCACCUUCAGUAGAAGAUAACGCCGCCUUGUCUAUUGCGCAAAAUUCGGUGCAUUUGGUAAACGGUCACUUUGAGAUUGGUCUUCCUUGGAGAAAUUCGCCGGUCCUGAUGCCGAAUAAUUACGAGAUAGCGUUUCGGCGUCUACAGUGCUUGCGAAAACGUUUGAUAACCAACUGCCCACUCGGUGAAAGGUACGCUGCAGCCAUCGAGGCUACCAUCAGCAAAGGGUAUGCGGUGCGUGUUCCAACAAAUCAGCUGGAAUCCCGAUAUGCUCCAAGGUGGUACCUAACUCAUCACGCUGUGAUAAACCCUAAAAAACCCGAUAAGCUGAGGGUUGUUUUUGAUUGCGCUGCAAGGUACAAAGGCCUGUGCCUAAACGAUCAAUUGUUACAAGGUCCCCACAGCACUUCUAGCCUCAUAGGGGUUCUGAUGCGUUUCAGAAACAACAGAGUUGCAGUGGUUUCGGACAUUGAGGAAAUGUUUAUGCAAGUGAAGGUGCCAGAGAAUGAUCGUGGUGCCUUGCGUUUCUUGUGGUGGAGAGACAGUGAUUUUGAAUUGGAUACGCUGGAGUAUCAGAUGACCGCCCAUCCAUUUGGAGCGACGUCAUCCCCCUUUUGUGCCAAUUUCGCCUUGCGCCGAACAGCGGAAGAGUGGGGUGAUCGGUAUGACAGAAGUGUGUCAGACGCCGUCAUGAACGGAUUUUACGUUGACGAUUGUUUGGUUUCACUGCCUUGUGUCGCUGAAGCGGUACGGUUUGUUGUACAAAUUCAGGAAUUACUUGGUAAAGCUGGAUUUAAGCUUCGAAAGUGGGUUUCUAACAGUGCGGUGGUGCUUGAGACUUUGCCAGCCACUGAAAUUGCAAGCCCAAUCAAGUAUAUCGGAGAAGCUAAACAGGUGCAACGAACUUUAGGCAUAGAAUGGGAUGCGGUGGAGGACGCCUUCUUGUUCAGGUUCGCAGUAAAGGAUGCGCCGAAGACACGAAGAUCGAUUUUGUCCGUAGUCUCCUCCAUGUACGACCCCCUUGGUUUGGUUGCUCCAAGUAUCAUGCCCGCCAAGAUCCUCUUACAGAAGUUGUGUAGGGAUAAACUCGGCUGGGACCAGCUUAUCGACCAAACAGAUGAAGUUGUAUGGGAAAAUUGGUUGACAGGAAUGCGAGAAUUAGGUACCAUAAAGGUACCGAGAUGUGUACUCGGAUGCUACCAAGGAACCCAGCCGCCACAACUUCACAUAUUCUGCGACGCUUCAGAGAAGGGCUACGGAGCAGUCGCCUAUGCACGUUUCGGCAAUUCAGGCAUAAGUAUACAUUGUUGUCUGCUGUAUGCGAAAUCUAGAGUUGCGCCCCUGAAAUCCGUGUCCAUUCCCAGGCUAGAGCUAACAGCGGCCAAGCUCGCCAUCCGCGUGUUUGAAGAUGUGACUCGAGGGUCAAAGAUUAAUUUCGAGAAGUCUCUUUUUUGGACAGAUUCUAUGGUGGUAUUGUAUUACAUAAAUAACCUGUCCACUAGGUUCAGUACGUUUAUCGCGAAUCGCCUGUCGGCUAUCCAUGAAGUGUCAUCACCAAAUCAAUGGCGGCACGUAAAGUCGGAAGACAAUCCAGCCGACCUGUUGUCGCGUGGCGUGUCUUCAAGCCUUCGGUUGAAGCAGUGGUUCUCUGGGCCUGAAUUCCUGUGGGGUUGCGAACUCCAGUGGCCCGCAUCUAUAAAAUCCUUCCCUACGCCAGAUAGUGUGGAACAUAAACGCACGAUGGCCCAUGUUUUGGCGGUAUCCGAAGAGCCCCCUCUACAUAUGUUGAUCAGAAGGUACUCUAGCUGGCUCCAGCUAUUGAAAUCGGUGGCUUGGCUGUCUCGAUUCAAAAUGUUUAUCAGAUACCAGUUAAAUAACGGCACAAAGCAGUCGAUACCCUUGGGGCUUCUUAGCCUAACCGAAAUUUCUGCGGCAGAAAGAGAUGUUGUUCGGUUAGUACAGCAGCGCUGUUAUGCCCGGGAAAUAAAGAGUGUCAGCGCAUGUGUAGGAAAGGGAGCACGUGCAACAAAGCUGGUGGAAGGGACUUUGAAGCGAUUGUGCCCCAUUCUACACAAUGGUAUACUCUGUGUCGGCAGUAGAUUAGCGUAUUCUGCCUCUGACUCCCUGGCAAAAUAUCCGAUGAUUUUGCCUGCCAAGCAUGCAUUAACAGUGACACUAAUUAACUUCUAUCACCUCGCUGAGGGUCAUUCUGGGGUCUCUCAGGUAUUGUCAAGCAUCCGUCGGAAGUAUUGGAUUGUGCAAGGGGCAUCUGCUGUCAAGCGAGUGAUCGGUAAGUGUUGGACGUGUAGGAAACGGUUGGCAACCGCUGGUCAACAGAUGAUGUCACCGUUGCCAGCAGCCAGGGUUGAUAAGGGAUGGCAUCCAUUCAAACACGUUGGAAUUGACUACUUUGGUCCUAUACUCAUCAAACACGGUCGAAAGCAAGAAAAACGAUAUGGGUGUCUAUUCACUUGUCUACAAAUGAGGGCGGUACAUCUCGAGGUUUCGCACUCUUUGACCACCGACUCCUUUAUUAUGUGCCUACUGCGGUUCAUUUCACGAAGAGGCACCCCGGACGAAAUAUACAGCGACAACGGCACAAACUUUAUUGGUGCCGCA